GAAAUAGGGGCUUGGAUGAAAGUAUUGUGAUUUGUGGCACACACUUGUCACGAGGUGCACACAGUGACUGAAGUUAAACAGUAAAGUGAAGCUAGGUACAUGCAAAGCUAAAUUAUGAGGAAAGGUGUUACCUUAGCAGUUGGCGCUGUCUGAAGUUGUCUGUGUAUUGGAAAUCACUGUCUCCGGUUACAAUACAAACAACCUAAAAUCAGAUACCACUUCUGUGCUUAACGAGUUCAUCACCAGUCCCAUCUCCAAAAUCAUUUCAGUUUUCUCUUUCUUCACACUUCUCAUCUGGAGCAUGAAGAUGAGGGGGUCCUACUGCUUAUUGUUUGGAGGGCAGUAACAGUCUCUGUCAAUGAUUUUUACUUGGGUGGUCACUCUCUCAUUUCAAUGACCCACCCAAUCAAUAUCACACUUCCUUAUUGCUUAUUGCUGCUGGGGUGGGGAUUUUAAUCAAUCAACCAUACCUCCUCCUCUUCUUCACCUUUCAAAAUUGCUCUUUUUCAUCACUAGGAGUAGGAGGAAUUGAAGUUGGCUCAAAAAGGGAAACUUGGAUCUCAGUCAUAUGAGGAGACCUUCAACACUUGUGGAAGUGCUUUUGGUACUUGCAUUGUUCAGUGGUAGUCCAUGGAUAGUGUGGAGCAACACUCUUUGCCAACAGACAAACCUGGAGGAAGUUCGACCUCACAGUGUCAGCAUCACGGAAUUUGGGGCAGUUGGCGAUGGGGUCACUCUCAACACAAAAGCAUUUCAGAAUGCCAUCUUCUACCUAAAUUCGUUUGCAGACAAAGGUGGAGCCAAGCUUUUUGUCCCGGCCGGCCGGUGGUUAACUGGUAGUUUUGAUCUCAUCAGUCAUCUAACUUUGUGGUUGGACAAGGAUGCAGUAAUUCUUGGAUCAACGAACUUUGAAGAUUGGCCAGUUGUUGAUCCUCUACCGUCAUAUGGGAGAGGAAGAGAGUUGCCGGGUGGAAGGCAUAGGAGCCUCAUUUAUGGGCGCAAUUUGACUGAUGUUAUAAUAACAGGUAAUAAUGGAAUUAUUGAUGGUCAAGGGAGUAUCUGGUGGAGCAGGUUUAGGAACAAAACACUGGAUUAUACACGUCCCCAUUUGGUAGAAUUGAUGAAUUCAACAGGGGUUCUCAUUUCAAAUUUAACCUUCUUGAACUCUCCAUUUUGGACAAUUCAUCCUGUAUAUUGCAGCCAAGUUACAGUUCAGAAUGUUGCGAUCGUUGCUCCUCUUGAUUCACCAAACACAGAUGGGAUUGAUCCAGAUUCUUCUGACAAUGUAUGCAUUGAAGACUGUUACAUAAGCACUGGUGAUGAUCUGAUAGCCAUCAAGAGUGGGUGGGAUGAGUAUGGCAUCGCAUAUGGUCGCCCCAGCACAAACAUUAUCAUCCACAGGCUCGUUGGUAGAUCUCAAACGAGUGCAGGGAUUGCAAUAGGAAGUGAGAUGUCUGGUGGUGUAUCUGAAGUUCAUGCAGAGGAUAUUCAUUUCUAUGAUACAUAUUCUGCAAUAAGAAUAAAGACUUCUCCUGGAAGGGGUGGUUAUGUUAGAAACAUCUAUGUCUCUAACAUGACCUUGGCUAAUGUAGACAUUGCUAUUAGGUUCACUGGUUUAUAUGGGGAUCAUCCAGAUGAUGCUUAUGACCCAAAUGCUCUACCUGUAAUAGAAAAGAUUACAAUCAAGGAUGUGGUAGGAGAAAAAAUAAAAACUGCAGGUCUUAUAGAGGGUAUAAAAGGUGACAAUUUUGUCAACAUUUGCCUAUCAAACAUCACCCUUAAUGUGUCUUCAAACUAUCCAUGGAACUGCUCCUACAUUAAAGGAUACUCAGACUUGGUUCUGCCAGAAGCUUGUGAGCCUCUGAAGGAGAGAAUAUUCCCUGAGCAUUGUUCAGAUUGUUACAAUUUGUCAAAUCACCUACAGAGUUCCAAUAGUCAACAUAGAGGACGAACUUCAGGCGACAUAAGAAGUUGAGUGGAGUUCCCGAACUGUGGUAGUCCAUCUGCAGAAAGAUACCGAGAAAUGAUUGCUUUUUGUAACUUGUGUGCAGUAACAAAUAAUUGAGUGAUUUAUGAGAAAUAGGAAGUUGGGUGGUUUCAUGUCUUGCUUUUUCUAGCUGCAUAUGGCUUUGGAAAAGAAAAUUGCAAAGUUUUGUGUUUCAAUUGAUUCUAAGGGAAAGAAUGUGUUUGGCUGUUGAUAGAGGUGAGUGAGAUAUGGUUACUCUGACAUAAUUCCCUUUUGCCACAAUGUUAUCAGUAAUAGGAGAUUUUGCAGUAGUACGAGGCAGGUGCUUGUUAGCUUUACCUCCCUUUUGAUUGAAUAAGGAGUCCAAUAAAUAAACUUCCUAGAAAGGUGGAUUUUACUCGAUUA